GUGAACCAAGUGCAGUGAAAAUUGUGGACAGAGAGACGUUGUUGAAAGAGAAAGAAGAAAAGAAGAGAGCUGAAGUAGAAAAAGCUGCAGAAAAAGACAAGAAAAAAGCUGAACUAGCAGCUGCAGCAGCAGCAAAAGAAGAACAAAAGAAAAUACCACCUAAUAAAAUGUUCAGAAGUGAAACUGAUAAAUAUUCAAAGUUUGAUGAGACUGGUCUGCCAACUCAUGAUAUAGAAGGAAAAGAAAUCAGUAAAGGACAAUUGAAAAAAUUACAGAAAUUAUACCAGCUACAGGAGAAGAAAUAUCAGGAAUAUCUUCAAAAAAAUAAUGCAUUAAAUGGAAUCAACUAAAAAUAAAGACUAAUCAUUUGAAUAUAUUGUCAAAAAUGUUGCUGUACACAGUAUUCUAUUCUAUUUAUUUUCUAUUCUUGUAGAUGUUCUGUCAAACAUUUUUUAAACAAUAUUAAAUUAGUUUCACAAUU